CGGUCGGGUUCGGUCCGGUUCGGUCGGGUCGCGUGUCCUCACAUCGCGAUCGCGGACGACAUUCGACUUCAUCGUCCGCUUUUACACCGGUACUUUUUUACACUGCGGUGUGGGGAUCCCUUAAGGAAUGAGCGAGCCGAAGCGAAUCAUGUGUGUGUCCAGGUGCUCCGCGCUCACCUGAGGCUCAGCGCCAACCUGCUGCUGUCUCUUCGUCCGUCCGUGUGUGUGUGUGUGUGUGUGUGUGUGUGUGUGUGUGCGCGCGCGUGUGCCGCCUCCAGUUUUACUCGCUGCAACCUGAAAAGUUGUGCAAAUGCACAAUCAGUCGUCCUCUUGAUACGCGGCAUGUCAGGAUGACUCUCCCUCUGCGCUCAUCGUGCCGUGGAGAUGUCGCGCGCUAACGCUCGCGCUCCGACGCCGGGCACGCGCUCCGUCCCCGUGUGUGAAAGGUGGACGCGGACUUUCUGAGCGCGGCGCUGCACCGGAUCCAGCUCUGCCAAACAGCUGGACAGAUGGGGUGCAGUUGCUGUAGGAUGAUAAAAAGCUACAUCUAUGAUCCGUCCGUGUCUGAGGAUGUUCCCGGACAGAAGACGGACUCCAGCACAAACUCCCUGUACCAGCGCAAACCCUUGGAAGUGGACAGGGACCAGAAGGCGCGAGGCUAUCAGAACUUUGGUUACAGCAGCAAGAGCUCAGAGGGGCUGAAAAGGGGUGUGGAGAAGCUGGAGAUUGACAACAAUGAGAUCAACCGCCUGCACGCGGCACUGCCCCCCCAGGAGCAGGGCGGUGAUGUUCAGGUGGGCACCGGAGGGUGGAGUCCCUACAUCAUUGAGCCCGAAGACUCUAGCCAGAGGUGCACGGUGCCAAAGUGCGUGGGUCCUGGAAACAGUCCGCUUCUGGACCGCGAAGGCCUCUGCUGCUGCUCACCUGGCAAGCUCCCCACGUGGCAGGAGGACAGGCAGCCCCCCCACGGGAAUCCCCACGAACGAGGUGACGUGUGGGAAGGCCUUCCGGGCGACAGGGGUACGCUGGAUGGAGGCUUUGGCUACACCGGUCUGACGGAAACGGGCUACGCCAGCACCGCCAGCCUCUCCACCACCGACACCAGAGUGAGCCACCUGGACGGGGAGGAUGACGCGGCAUCUACCGGUGUCGCCACAGAGGGCAGGAGCUCCGAGGAGGUGGCGUUGGAAGUGGAGGAGGGAGGCGAUGACGCCGGAAGCAUCACGGAUUCGGACGUGGCCGAGGCGCUGGCGGCUCUGGACGCCGCGACCGCGGGCGAAGAUUUUGAGUGACAGCCUCUGGCCGCAAGGGACGGGAGAUUACCCAGAAUGCCAGCUGGCUUCAUUACUUGUGUCCAUGACACAGAUACUGUGCAUAGCCUUACGGAAGAAGGACGGAAGUGAUGUCAAUACGGUAGAGCUUGAAGUCCGGUGUGCAGGGAAUCUGUUCUAAUGAAUGUCAACAUGUACAGCUCUUAUUACCCACUGAAUUCAGUCUGUGGGUGAAAGUUUUUAUCAUUCCCACGACAAUAUAUGGAGACACGUUGGUGUUUUUUUAAGUACAGUUUUUUGACAUUGCUGCAAGUUUGCGUUCGAGUUUAAAAUGACAUUUUAAGGUUAUGAGGGGGUUGCGCACGUUUUGGAGAACUCCGCUCAAGUGCGUUCUUCCUUUAUUACCCAAGAAAACUUCGCUUUGUAUUUUCGAAGACCUCUCCCCUGGACUCGGAAGGAUCGUCUUAAGAAUGAUCUGAAGGGCUGUUUACAAAAUAUUUCUUGUUUUGGUUGCAAAUCACUGCUUCUGGGUCAGACGGGUGAUAAAAUAGGGGUGGAAAAGCAAGUGAAAAAAGUGGUGCGAAAGGGAGAACAGGCCCACAGCCAUACAAUGUGAAUCUUCUGUUAUAUUGCUUAGAUUUUUUUAUUCCUCAUGGUAAUUUGGGCUUUUGGAAUACUGUGACAUAUCUUCUUAAUGCAUAGGGAGAAUCCUGCACAAAACACCUGUUUUUGUAUCUGCCUCAACAACAGCAUCGUACGGUUUCGCAGCUGUACUGCUCAGAUAUUUAUACCGCCUUAAAAUGUUGUCUCGUCAUCCUGGAUCAGCGUGUAUUUCUGCGUAAAUGACUCAACUCGAUUCCGCAUGUGGAUGAAUGGUGCAAAACUCGCAGGUUCAGCCGCAGCUUUAGCGUCAGCGUGUGCGUGUGUGAGUGUGAGAAAGACGCAGGCUGUGCGAGGGGCCCCCAAUGGCUCUGGAAGUGCCCUAAAGCUACAGAAUUUGUGAACGUUGGACAUGUUACAUUUCGUUGUAUGAUUUUACUCAGAGGAAGAAAGUGCAGAAAUUUGUGUAUCAUCUAUGCAGUAUGUGUAACAAUGUGUGUGUUUGCAGCAGAGUACUGUAUACACACACACGCACGCACGCACACAUUCUGAGUCUUCCUGUGUCCACAUUCUCAUCAAUUUGUCACUUCCUGUCCGCCCAGUAACUACUGACUGGUUCACCAAGAAGAUCUACCGUCUUCCCUGGCGACUCCUGGAAAUUUCCUGUUUCAUUAUUGUGCAUUUUCUCACCGCCUCCUUAAGCCCAAAGAGAUACCAGCAGACUAGGAGAGACCAAGUGCUGAGAGUAUCUACCA